CCUGUGGAAAUAUAUGUUCCAUAAAGAAGAGAGUUUCCCUUUGUGUGUAUAUAUUAGUAUCUUAGAGCUUGUGUUGUUCUGCACAUAUAUUGAGAGAUAAAGCUGCAGGAAAGGAAUGGAGACAUCCCAGCCUCUUUCUAUUGACAGCUUUUCAUAUAGUUGGCUAGUGAAUAUAAAGCCAUCUCUAGAAAGUUCAGGCAACAACCCGGUUCGGACCUCGAUCGACGCUUCCGACGAAGCCUCGUCCUUCAUCGAGAUGGACCCGAGAAUGCCGCCCUCCAAGAGAUUUUGUAGAAACUCUCAAGAUUUCAAAUUUGACUUCCCUGUCUCGCCGCCUUCUCUUGCAAUUGUACAUGCUGACCAGCUGAUUUCCAAUGGCUGCCUUGUGCCUUUUUUCAUUGAUCCACUUAGAGUUCAGACAUAUGAGGAUGAAGAUGAAGAUUUCAAUCCAAAAUCUUCCCAUACUCAAGAACACAUCCUUCCACUUCCACUUCCACUUCCACUUCCACUUCCAUCCAAUACUUCUGACUGCUCCUCCAUGAGAAAGUGCAGGAAACUAUCCAAGAAAGUAUUGCACAAAUAUUUGAGUUUUUUCAAGCCAUUGUACCAAAGAAUAAGAGGUUAUAAAGCAUCAAGUUCCAAAUCAGAAAGUGUUGCUAGAAGAUCCAAAUCUAUGAAGAAUUGGGAAUAUACAUACGACGCGUCGCCACGAAUCAGUGUAGCUUACACCGCCGAUGAUUGGCGAAGAUCCUGUGAUUCUGAGAGCUCUAUCUAUGAGGCAGUCCUCCAUUGCAAGAAAUCUAUAGGUAUAUGAAGCAUGUUACAAUUUGGUCAUCAUCAUUAUCAUUAUGGUUCAGUGUUUUCUAUCAGACCAGAAAUCUAGAAAUGAAAGCAGAGAAGAAUUAAACAUGAAAUCAUAAUGUCCCCUUCUGCUACUAUUUUCAGACCUUUUAACAAUGAACACUUGUUUCGAUCGGCCUGUGACCGAGCGGGUUCCUUACUGUAAAUACUCGAAUGCCAUGUGAAGUUGAUGAAGAUGAAUAGAACUUUUGUUCUUUACUUGGAGUUCUUUAGAUGAGUUGAACAAUCAAAUGACUCUUUGUUCAUAUUUUUAA